AUUUGCUUAAGUUGUUUAUUUUAUUUUAUUUUGUCUCUAAAGUUUCUUUUGGAGCAUUUAAUUGAAGAGAAAUUAUGGGUCAUUUGUGGACUUUGAUCACUAGUCUUCAUACUCUUGCUGGGCCUGUGAUGAUGUUGAUCUAUCCUCUGUAUGCAUCAAUAGUAGCUAUAGAGAGUACAUCUAAAUUGGAUGAUGAACAAUGGCUUGCUUAUUGGAUUCUAUAUUCUUUUCUUACACUUGUGGAGAUGCUUUUUCAACCCAUUCUUAAUUGGAUACCAAUAUGGUAUGAUGUGAAGUUGAUUGGUGUGGCAUGGUUAGUUUUGCCCCAAUUUAGAGGAGCUACUUUUAUAUAUGAGACUUAUGUUAGAGAAAAAUUAAUGAAGAAAUAUGGAGAUCAAGGAAAGUCAAACAAGAAAUCUGUUCACUUCAUGACUCAAAAGAAGGAGGAGGAUGAAGCUUACUGA